UAGAAGUAGAAAUGAACGCUGAGUAUGAAAGCGAUUACUUUAUGCGCAGCCGGAAACCGCGUGACAAGCCACCCCUGUGGGACUCUUUUCAGGAUCCGCCAGCAAAAAAGGCUACUGGCUCUGCAGCUGAUUGGAAGAAACUGCAAUUCUUUCUGAAGCUUUUAAAGCUGUUUACAUAUUUGUUGGUUUUUUCUGUGGUAUUGGCCGCUAGCGUUACUUCAAAAUUAGUUUACCUUUAUAUGGCAGGAAAUACGAACGGGGCUCGAAAGGCCCAUGUUUGCACAAAUUAUCUGCUCUUGGACGGUAAACUAAUGGCCACGCCCCCAAAAUUGGAACAGAUCGCUUGGGUCUGGGCCUUAAUAUUUGCCUUUGCUGCGCCAGAGCUCUUCACGUUUUUGCGCGCAUUACGAAUAUGUAUGUUUAAGCGAGAGAAGCGCCCUAGUAUCUUAGAAGUGGCACUGGUUACGCUUUUUGAACUGUUGCACGUCAUCGGCUUGGCGCUACUCACCUUCACCGUUCUUCCCCAACUAGAUAUUACGCGAGGUGCUAUGCUCGGCUGCUGCGUGUGCUUUGUUCCUGCCCUGCUCAACAUUUUAACCGGCACUCGGCUACACUGGAAGUCUGUGGACAUGCUGGUUUAUGGUGCCUCUAUUGUUGCUCUGGUACUGCAGGGAAGCGCUUUUCUCUUGUGGCCUGCCAUGUCGUCUCAGUUGGAGGUACAGCUACUGGCUAUCCCGCUGUUGUUGGUAUCCUUUCGCUGGUGGGAGAACUUUGCCAACACCCAUGAGGCCAUUGCUUACAUAAUCCGCACCAUCCGCUGCUCGAGAUCACGUUAUCACACGUAUAUCUACCUGGCGCCUCUAAAGGUUGUGGUUUUUGCGUUAAUGGCCUUUCUGCUGCAUGGACAGCGCUUCGAGGAGUAUUUUAGUUUAUUUAUAGAGGCAUGGCGGCCGCACCCCAUUCCCCUAAUGGUCUCUGAUGCGAUGCAGGUAUCAACAUUGAGUGCCGGUUCAUUAACUCGGGUUCCAUCAACGCUGCAAUCAAGUUCGUUUGCUGUUGUGUACUCGAUGCUGCUGCAGGUAGGGGCCGCCUACUUGUGCCACAUCUUUGGGAAGUUCGCAUGCAAAAUCAAGAUUCAGGAAUUCAGUUACGCUCUUCCCCUUUGCUUGGCCACACCGACUACAGUGUGCCUUGCCACGCUGUUGGCCCAAAUGCGUGCCAGCAAUGCCUGUGCGUUGCACGGCCUGCUGCCCGACUACUUGACAAUUCAGCCACUGGCCGAAGACUAUGCUGAUCUGGGAUCGCAAGUCCUUGACUACUGCUUAUGGGUUUGGCCGCUUUGGUGGGUGGCACAAUUGUGGACAUGUCUCCACAUUUGGCAGCCGCGCAACGAUAAAAAUGCACCCACAGAGAAACUAUACGUGUGUCCAUGGUACUGCGGCCUGCUGGUGGAUCAGUGCUCCAUGAUGAAUAGGCGGAUUGUCGAUUGGACUGAAGAGUAUUUGGCCAUAAAGAGCGACUUGUCGGCACCCAGAGAUCCUGCUCUAACCUCUAACAUUAAUGCUAGCAAUGACAUACAGGAGGAGGACAAAAUACCGCAACUGAUUGUUUGCGCAACUAUGUGGCACGAAACGCAGGAGGAGAUGAUGGAAUUUCUAAAAUCAAUUGUACGCUUGGAUGAGGAUCAAUGCGCUCGCCGGAUGGCAAAGAAGCAUCUGAAUGGUGGCAAAGCGGAUGAUGAAUACUAUGAAUUGGAAACUAAUAUUUUCUUUGAUGAUGCCUUUGUUCUGGAUGAACGCUAUUGUGAGCAGCCACGGAAUCCGCCACUCAAUGAAUACGUGAAAACUUUGGCGCGUAGCAUAGACAAGUCUUUGUUCGAGGUCUAUGGCGUAAAUAUUAGAAUCAAGCCACCAUUGAAAAUUGAAACGCCUUAUGGAGGUCGCUUGGUGUGGACGCUACCCGGUCGGACAAAGAUGGUGGCCCACCUCAAAAACAAGGAUAUGAUACGCCACAAGAAACGUUGGUCGCAAGUAAUGUACAUGUACUACUUGCUUGGCUUUCGAAUUAUGGAAACGGACCAUCUAUCGCCGGCUCGAAAAGCAGUUAUCGCAGAGAAUACUUUUCUCUUAGCUCUGGAUGGAGAUAUUGACUUUCAGCCGCGGGCGGUGCAACUAUUGAUCGAUCGCAUGAAGGCCAUCGAUGAGUUAGGCGCAGCCUGCGGGCGCAUUCAUCCAGUUGGCCGGGGACCCAUGGUAUGGUACCAGAGGUUUGAAUAUGCAAUUGGCCAUUGGUUACAAAAGGCUACGGAGCACGUGAUCGGCUGUGUUCUUUGUAGUCCUGGCUGUUUCAGCCUCUUCCGCGCAAGCGCCCUGAUGGAGAACAGUGUGAUGAAAAGGUACACGACUGUGAGCUCGGAACCAAUGGAUAUGGUGCAAUAUGAUCAGGGGGAGGAUCGUUGGCUCUGUACAUUGCUGCUGAAACAGGGGUCUCGUGUAGAGUACUGUGCUGCCUCGGACGCCUAUACACACUCUCCGGAAAUUUUUAACGAGUUCUAUAAUCAGCGACGUCGCUGGGUUCCCUCUACGAUAGCCAAUAUCUUUGAUAUCUUGGCCGAUGCAGAAACAGUGGUAAACAAGAAUAACUCCAUAUCCACUCUUUAUAUAAUGUACCAGGGCAUGCUGAUGGUCGGAACCGUUUUAGGUCCUGGUACCAUAUUUCUAAUGAUGGUGGGCGCCCUAGUAGCUGUCUUCACAAUAGAUAUUUGGACCGCGUUUCUAUGGAACUUCUUCCCAAUUUUAUUCUUCAUACUGAGUUGUGUUUACUUUAAGCAAAAGUAUCAGCUUCUUAUUGCAUUUGUAAUCAGUUCGCUAUAUUGUCUAGUUAUGAUGGCAGUGCUCAUUGGCAUAAUCGUUCAAAUGCUGGAGGAUGGGCCCUUGGCACCAGCUUCGCUGUUUUUCUUGCUCGUGGCCGCGCAAAUUACUAUAGCUGGCCUGAUGCAUCCCCAAGAGUUCCUGGCUUUGCUUUGCGGUGUCAUAUACUAUAUCACCAUCCCAUCAAUGUACAUGUUGCUGAUGAUUUAUUCCGUCUUUAACAUGAACGAUGUUUCCUGGGGAACGCGAGAGGCACCAGUAAUUAAGGAUGAUGACGAACCGUCCACUAAAGACUCUGAUGAUUAUCUACCUGGUUGGCUUAAUGACCCCUUACUCAUUGACUCUGAGCUUGGUGAAAUAUCACUCACAGAAAAGCGGUUUUGGAAAGAUUUGAUCAAACAGUACCUAAAACCCCUGGUGCUCAGCAAAGAAAAGAAGCAGAGCAUGGAUGACGGUCUUCGAGAGCUUCGCAAUAUGAUCGCAUUUGCAUUUGUGAUGGUCAAUGCUAUUUUUGUUCUGAUUGUCUUCUUGCUGCAGCUAAAAAAGGAUUAUCUGCACUUGAAGUGGCCAAUGGAUCCCACAGAUUUUGUUUCCUUCGACCGCGACAACUUGCAAGUGGGCAUCUAUAGGCAGUACAAGGAACUUGAUCCCAUCGGGUUGUGCUUUGUUCUCUUCUUCGGCUUAAUACUGAUCAUACAGUUUGUAGCCAUGUUUUUUCACCGUUUCGCAACCUUAUCGCAACUGCUGGCGACUACGAAGCUAGAUUGGUUCCGGUCUAGUGGCCAGCUGAGCGAGGAAGAUGCGGUACUGGAGUUGAAUGGGAGCGCCGUGAAUAUAGCACGUCGCUUGCAGCGCCCCAAGCGCCUAUUCGACUAUGAUGAUGGAGACUAUCAGGAUUACGACGAGUUGCACUCGGAACCCGGAGACGACCAGCACCGAGAGAGCAUGGGGAGACGUCAGACCAUCUUCAGACUGCACGAGUCGCGCAACAAACAGCAUAACGACUACAGCGAUCUUGUGCGAAAUUUUGAGCGACGUUUCUUCAGCGAAGACGAAUUAAAUAUGAAGAAUCUGCCACUGAGUCGCAAGUCUAUUAAACUAUUUCAGCAGCGACGCUCGGUAGCCAAGCAAAAUGCAGCUGCCACGCCUGGAGGAACGCCUACGCCAAAGACGGGACAGCGUCCACCGCUGGUGAAAAAGGUUAGCUUUAGUCGCAACAGUAUGCAAAUCUACGACAAUGGGGGCUAUGAGCAUACAGCAUUCUAAAUAAAUAGCACACUCGUACUAUAUCUAUACAUAUAAUCAAGGAGAAUCUAAUAACUAUGUAUGUGUACAUGACAGGCAUACAUAUUACAAGUAGUAUGUAAGCUCCUGUACAGAAAUUGGAAGUGGGUUUUAAUGUAAUUGAAGUUUUAAAAAUA